AUGCAAAGACGCCUGAAUAAUUACUGCAAAAGUAAAGGGUGGCAACGGAUUUCUGACAACCGGAGGGAAGACUACGUCUUGAAAUGGUGCGAGACCAAGUUUCGGGACUCCUAUUGCAACUUCCGAGAAGGAGAGCAGCUUCUCUACCAGAUCCCAAACAACAAGAUCCUGACGACCAAGAUCGGGCUGUUGAUGAACCUCCGAGAAUAUGACCGGGUGAUGAAGAAGAUCGGCCAGGCAGCCAAAUUGUUAAAAAUGGAGGAUUUUUUCCCGGAGACUUUUCGUCUGGACACCAAAGACGAGAGAGAAAUCUUCUUUGAAAUAUAUAAAGAGCCUCACAUCUGGAUCUGCAAGCCCACCAGCUCCAACCAAGGCCGGGGCAUCUUCCUCCUGAAAAGCCAAUCUGAGGUCCGUAGCUUGCAAGCCAAACUCCAAAGCGUGGAGGACGAGGCGACCUAUAAGAAGUUUCCUUACAAACUGCCUCAGGCACGAAUCGUCCAAAGGUAGAGAAUCUGCCACGCAGCC